AUGGACAAUAAAACCACAAUCGGCAUUUCAAUUAAUGAAAAAGAAAGAGCCAAGGCACCGAGACGCUCUCCAAGUAUCACAUCGUCCAUCAGCAGCGCGGAGACUUCCAAUACGCAGGCACCAUCUACGUUCAAUCCGAGCAGAUCUCUAUUCAUAAACUCCCAGGGAGUCCGUCUCAUCCGCCUCCCUGUCGCCUCCUACGAGCUAGAGGUUAAUAUCCUCAACCCAGAUGGCUCAUUCGGAGACCUACUUAAAACAUGCUACUUCUUCGGGCCUCAUCGCGACCCUGUGAUUCGUAGCGCGUCCAAUGAUAACACGCUUGACACAGAUACGAACACAGACACUGCCGUCAAGGCCUCUACUCCCGAAAUCAAAGUCGUGGGAAAAUGGAAUUCUCGCACGCAAUACUUCACCACGUUCUACGGCGACUCUUUCCAAUGGCGGUACAUCCAAUGUGACGAUCCUCACUGGAAUUGCAAGAAGCUCCUUGUCCUGGAGAGUCUGGAGAAUAAUAGUCCCGACAGGAUUGGCCGACGUGUUGCCCAAUUGGUGAGGAAUGAGCAUACCAGACCACAGGGUGCUUCAAAAUCUGCGGCUGGCAAUGGAGGGGAGUUGCUCCUGGAUGAUCGUGCGAUAGGGGUAGAGGUCGACGAAGCACUGGUGGUGGCAACUUGUUUGCUGAUGUUGAAGAAAGAAAUUGACCGGAGGAGGAUGGCAGAGAUAGCGGUCUUUGGGAUUGCGGCAGCCUGCUGA